AAUGUCUGCGAUUGGAUCGGCCGAUCGUAGCCACCAUCCAUAUAAAGAAGCCCCACGCCACCCACAGCUGGUAGUUGAAGUUGAGUUAACCGCAAUGAUGAAACUGUUUUUGGCGCUGGCCUUCUGUGUCCUGGCGGCUCACGCCGUGGAGGUUCGUGAGAAUGGAGAGAACGGUUGGUAUGUGCCCCAGGCCGAUGGAUCCCUUGAGUGGAUGGACCGCGAGUUCGCCGAGGCCUACUUGGAGACCAAGAGCCGCAUGGAGGGCCGCAACGUCCUGAACCCUGUGACCUUCUACCUGUACACCAACUCGAACCGCAACUCUCCCCAGGAGAUCAAGGCUACCUCCUCGUCGAUCUCUGGCUCGCACUUCAACCCCAACCACCCGACUCGCUUCACCAUCCACGGAUGGUCCUCCAGCAAGGAUGAGUUCAUCAACUACGGAGUCCGCGAUGCCUGGUUCACCCACGGCGACAUGAACAUGAUUGCCGUGGACUGGGGCCGUGCUCGCUCCGUGGACUACGCUUCCUCCGUGCUGGCCGUUCCCGGAGUCGGUGAGCAGGUGGCCAACUUGAUCAACCACAUGCGCAGCAACCACGGUCUGAACCUGGACAAUACCAUGGUGAUCGGCCACAGCCUGGGCGCCCAUGUCUCCGGCUAUGCCGGCAAGAACGUGAAGAACGGCCAGGUGCACACCAUCAUUGGCCUGGACCCCGCCCUGCCCCUCUUCAGCUACGAUUCGCCCAACAAGCGCCUCAGCUCCACCGAUGCCUGGUAUGUGGAGUCCAUCCAGACCAAUGGCGGUACUUUGGGAUUCCUUAAGCCCAUCGGCAAGGGAGCCUUCUACCCGAAUGGAGGAAAGAACCAGCCUGGAUGCGGAGUCGAUUUGACCGGAUCCUGCGCCCACAGCCGCUCGGUGAUCUACUACGCCGAGUCCGUGACCCAGAACAACUUCCCCACCAUGCGCUGCGGCAACUACGAGGAGGCUGUGGGCAACCAGUGCGGCAGCUCCUACAGCUCCGUCCGGAUGGGCGCCACCUCGAACGCCUACAUGGUGUCCGGAGAUUACUACGUUCCCGUCCGUAGCAAUGCUCCCUACGGCAUGGGCAACUAAGUCCGAUUCCUAUUAAAUAAAUUGAGUGAAAGCUCUGUGAGCGAAAGCAACCCGUA